CCGAGGCUAAGAGCUCCAGCGACCACGCAUAUGGGCUCAUUUCCCGGCCUCUCUGUUUACCACCGGACAGCAACGGACCUGGGCUAUUUUACUUAAACUUAUAACGCUUUUGUGCACGAAAGGAUCAUAUUUAAAACUGGCUAAACGUGCAGGGCUAGUCACUAAACAUUACAGAAGACAUCAUCGACAGACAAGACAGCUGCACAGACUGUAGUAGGCUGGUCUAGCAUGCAUCACCCAGCCUCUGUGUUUCAGCUGGGUCUGCUGCCCUCCAUGUACCCCUUCUGUGUCCCCAGCAGCCCCCCUGAGUUCACCCUGGGAGCUCCAGUCACAGCCCCACGCCUGCACAAGCCAGCACACUUCUCCAACAGCUGGGAGACCAGGUGUCUCAGAAAGCACAGACGGAGAAGCGACAAUGAGGUGUGCACUGCCAAACGCAGGCGCCUCAUGGAGAUAGAGGGGGUGCUGCGCUCCUCAUCCAUCAUGCCGUGGGUCAUGGGGAACAGCAGCUCCUCUGUUACUCCCUCGAGUGGCUCCGCUCUUCCCUGUCCCACUCCUCACACAUCCCUCGCCCAGCCUGCACUAGGCCCUCACAGUUCCUGCAUGGAGAUGGAGGCUGCUCAGAGGAGACUGCAGGAGAUAGAGGACCGAAUCACACUGGAGGACGACUCGGACUCGGAGCUGGAGGUAGAGGUCUGCCCCCGAAGGCCAGUGCUGGUACUGUCGGACAGUCUGAAGAAGGGUCUGCAGAGGGGACUGACCGACAUCCUGCCCCACACUGUGGCUCAGUCUAUGAGCCACUCAUGCAUGGAGCUGGUGUUGUGGCGGCCUCCAGAAGACCCCUUUAGCCACAGGUUAAAGGAGUCUCUCCAGAAGCAGCGCAGACAGCAGCAGAGUGGGCCCCGACAACUCCCCACACCCUGUCCCUCUCCAGUCCCUCACAGAGACCCCCACUCUCCACCGGCCCUGUACGGAUGCCCUGCCCCCACACCUAUGUCCAGCCAGGGGAGCCAUGGGGAGGAGGCCAUGGAGAUGUGACCCACCAAAGUCACAUUGACAAAGGGACUCAAUCAGCUGCGCUAGGCUCUAAAGCUCGGACUUUACUGGAGGGACUUAUGUAUGUGUGUGAGAGGACUUCCUGUAUGACGGGACAACGAUAUCUUUGUUUGUGGAGUCGUGCCUCUAUCUGUGGUGAACUCUCAGAGCUCAGCCAUUUGCUGCUCUAAAAGUUUAUGUUGCACCUUGUUUUUUGGAAGGUUAGGUACAUAUAGGCCUGCAACUAAUUUGUUUCUUCACUAUGAGCAGUGACAG